GUAUUGGUAAUUAUGUAAUUUUCCACUUUCGGUUUCAUAUUGUACUUUCGUGGAUGGACUAAGUAAUGGCUGCAAAAUUUCCGGAAGCGUCGGAUAGGGAGAUUGAGCCCCAGCUUGUGAUAGGAAUAGACUUCGGCACAACUGGUUCAGGAUAUGCCUUUCAAACAAGAGCAGAUUUUAAGUCAGACCGGCUAAGAAUUUACGAGAACCUUCAAUGGGGGACAGCGAGGACACAGUACAAAACACCGACAUGUUUGCUGGUCAACCCUGACAGAACAGAGACUUGGUUUGGAGACGAAGCGGAACAAGAGUAUAUUAAACUAAGACCAAGAGAUUAUCCACACAACUGGUUCUUCUUUAGAAACUUCAAAAUGCAAAUUUAUGAAAAGGACAUUACCGCAGACAUUGUUCUAAUUAGUGAGAAUGGAAAUGAACUUCCGGCGUUGUUCGUUUUCUCUGAAUCAAUCAAGUGGAUGAGGAACCAUGUACUAAAUUUUCUGGAAAGAACAAACUGUAGUUAUUUGGAGCAGACGACAAAAUGGGUGCUCACAGUUCCCGCGAUUUGGACAGAGGGUGCUAAACAGUUGAUGAGAAAAGCGGCACAAGAAGCUGGCAUUGACCGACAACACCUUUGUAUUGCCCUGGAACCCGAAGUUGCAGCUGUUUAUUGUACAACCACAGAGGCAAAUCCACCAGACGACCCGCGUCGUGAUUUAGAUCGGACCUUGCCAACAGGCCCUGGUGCUACAAAUAUGAUAGUUGACAUGGGAGGAGGCACUGUUGAUAUAACUACAAUUAAAGUGAAGAAAGACGGAACUAUGAAGCAAAUACACAUGGCAGCUGGUGGGCCAGCAGGAGGACAAAAAGUUGACGAAAAAUUCUUCGACUUCAUGUCUGAUAUACUAGGUAAAUCAUUGUGGAGCAAAUUCAGCCGGGAAUACCCUGUAGAAUUCUAUGAUUUUAGAAUGUCAUUUGAAACAGCUAAAAGGAACAUUUUGCCUAAAUUACGACAUAGUCGAACACGUGACGAAUUUCUAAUAACUAUCCCGGGUGCUAUUAUACAGGAAUUCGAACGUGAUCAUGAGAUGGACAUCACACAAGCUCUCAAACAAAAACAUAAAACACGAGAAAAAGUGGAGUUUGAAUUUGGAAAAUUAGUUUUCAAAGGAGAAAUCUUGCGCAAAAUGAUGAAAAUUUCACUAGAAGAAAUCAUAAGCUACGUGACACAAGUCGCAAACAAUGUAAAGGCACUUGGACAGCCAAUAAAUGCCGUUAUUCUUGUUGGAGGUUUUGCUUCCUCCAAUUUCAUGAACGAUGAAAUGAAAGAAGUUAUUCAAGAAAAACUAAGAAUCUUAGUCAAGCGUCCAACCCACUGUGAAUUGGCGGUUUUACGUGGCGCUGUAUUGUUUGGUCACAAUGAAAAGAUUCUUACGUCACGUGUCGUUCGCAUGACGUAUGGUAUAGGUGUUACUAUGCCAUAUAGCUCAAAGUACCCAAAAGACAAGAAAUUUACCUUGAACGGAAAUGCGUACGUCAGUGGAGUAUUUGCACCACAUGUAUUGCGAGGUCAGGAAGUAAAGAUAGACGAGUGGAUAUCGGCUAACGAAUACUAUCCCCUAGAACGCGACCAAAGAGAAGUUCUUAUUUUCGUUUUUGCAAGUGAAAGUAAGGACACGAGAAUGACAGACGAACGGGAUUGUAACUGUAUAGGAAGGUUUGAAGUGUCAUUUGGAGACCACGAAGGGUCAAAUCUCAAUAGCGCUUCAACUGAAAUAUCGUUCAAUUUUGGUCGAACAGAGCUUAUUAUUCGAGCUCGGGAUACAGUUACCAGAAAUGAAGUGUUUGAGUCACUUACUCUUAAAUAAAUAGUUUGUUCAACAUGUUUAUGCCGAUGUUUCAGGUAAAUACGUUGAUAUGUAUGUGGACUGUUGUAUGGUGCAAGUAAACAAUUAGUAAAAGCAAUAGACGGUGAUAAGUUUGAAUGAAGAAAACAAACAAUUUGCGACUUAUCUCUGUAGGACCGUCAGACUUGCAAAUUGGGCUGAAAUUAUUGACAUGACCUGUCCGUGUACAGCGCGCUACAUAUUUCGCAGUACUGGAUAGCAAAUUAAAGCACCUUAGAUAAGAGAUCAUUUUUUUUCUAACGUGCUUAGCAGACUUUCCCGACCUUUAAGUUCAGCAAAUGUUUCAAGUUUGAAGUGAAUACCUUUGAUGGGUUUUGAGAACAUAAAAAUUAUUAUAAAAAAUGUAAUAUCUUUCAGGAUUAUCUACAUUUCAAAUUUGAUAGUUAACAAGCAUUCCAAGUUUAAAUUGAAUACCUUUGAUACUUUUUGAAAAAUGUACUUUUAUAAAAAAGGUUUACCAAUAAUUUCUAAGUCAGAAUGGGGGUAUAACUGAGAAAAAAAUAAAUUAUAAAGUUACCAGUCCAUUAAUUAUGCAUCCAAAUUCAAAAGUUGAGCAAGUAUUUUAAGUUUAAAGUCAUUUUGUCUUUGCUAGAAUACUCUGUAUUUCAUACCCAUACUCUAUAUCAUUUCACUAUCGUCUCUUAGUCAAUCAUUAAUAUCAUUAUUCAACUUCAUACUAAUAACUUCAUUUUACUUGUACACGUUGACGGGCCUCAUUUGGUCACGCUAACAUUCACGUAUGCGCACAAGAAUGAGAAUCUUACAUUGAGAGUUGUUGUUUUCUUCAUUGAACCCUUAUUUUCAUUUCAUUGGGUGCUAAACAUAUAAUUACAGGUAUAUUUGAUGUUAUAAAACAUUGUAAACAUAAAUUACUAUGAUAUAUGUAUGUAUUUCGCGAGCACAUGAAAUGAGAAUCUUUUAGCGAGAGCUGUUGUGUUCUUCAUUUGAACACUUAUUUCUAUUUUAUUGUGUGCUAACCAUAUGUUUACAGGUUCCUCUUCGAACGCCCUAUCAUCCCGAGUAAAAACUCGCAUAUAUCCGUAAAAAGGGACAAACUUUGCAAAAAGGUAUUUUAGGAUUAUCUCCCCUGGUGUCACACUUUGAUAAUGAGCAUGGUUAAUCAAGUUUUAGGUGAAUUGCUUUAUUAGUUUAUGAGAACAUGGAGCUGAACAUAAAAACGUUGACCAGGGCUAAAAGUAAAGUUAAAAAGGAACAUUACUUUGCAUAAAAUUGUUCCAGUACUAUUUUGAAAUGGCAUCAUUUAUGACAAUACACAUGUAUACCAGGUUUGAAUUGAAAAUCUUUUAUAGUUUCUGAGAGGUUAACCAACGCCAACAUAAACGCCGACGAAUAGGUGAUGACAUAGCUCCAUCUUUUUUUCUUCGAAAAGUUGAGCUAAAAACGUCUUGUUACGUAUAACAUGAUGUACAAAUGGAAUAAAAAAUCCCUAUUAUUCAAAUAUU